UGACGUAAUGUUUGAAUCCGACAACAAAGGGACAAUCACGUCUAAAUAGAGACGCCGGUGCUUCGGGACAACAGUUUUUAUUUUGACAUUGAACACCUGAGUCGUGUUUCCGUGACUGAUUCUGGUCUUUCUUUUACAUCUUUUUUACUGUUUUGACGACACUUUCCCCGGAUAGUGAAAGGGGCGAAAGUAUCCAUACCACAAAAGGCGCGGGAAAUUCAGGACUGCUUUAAAAGUAUGUAUGCGUUGAGAUACGCUUUGGAUGCCGGCAAAAUGCCGGAUUGCUGGAACGCGCGUCACGAAAUCAGCGAGGGAAUCGCAGUGUGCGGCCUGUCUCCCGUCGAGGCAUUAGGACAAGUCCGCGCGCCAACCGGACAAAACCCUCGGCAAUCGUCGGCACCGAUCCCGAUCAAGAUCACCGCGUCCUCGGCGUCAGACCAGGGCGUCGUCAGCGCAGACCAGUCCUUGCGGACGCUAGCGAGACCAGACAUGCCCGUUCCGACGAAAUCGUCGCCGAUAUCGACAUUAGCGGACCUUCCGCGAAGACUACUACUUUCCAAACCGUCGGCGCCGAUUCCGAUCAAAUCGUCGACGUCUCCCGAGUCGGCGUCUAUCGGAAGUCCUCGACGGACGACGUCUCCAGUGACUGUCCCUAGCGGAAGUCCUCGCGCUCGACGGUCGCCGUCUCCUCUGUCGGUCCCCAUCGGAACGAGUCCUCGGCGAACGGCGAGGGAGCCGCUAUGGUCCGAGACAGAGAUGCUGCGGUUCUGGGCCGUGAUAGAACCUUACAUAAAACAGCUCAUAUCGGGAGAGGCGCCAAUGCCUGCACACGACAUGGACCUGUGGGAUUGUGAGCGGGACAGUGUAGAGAACAUAGAAGGAUGCCUGCUGGCCGUACAGGACCUGAUCUGUAGCGGGAACUACAGCAAGGCGUUGGCAGGAAUCAGGGCCAUCAGAACGUACUUUGAAAUACCCGAGAACUCGUCACGAAAGGCGCUGACGUUACUGAGGGAAGAAGACGAGUUGGAGGUUUUCAAACAACUCUUCAUGAAACAGGACCCAGUCAGGAAGCGGCUUUUGGACGACAGCCAACGUGCUCACUCCUUCUAAAAACAACGUCGGAGCCCAUGUCAGUGACUUGGUGGGUCAAUGACCGAUGUCAAUGCCCUCGGGCUCCUUGGUUACACCCUAAAGUGCUCGGACGAUGACCGGAAGUCGACCGGAACACGUCGGCUAUCUUCGGAAAUGUUCGGACUAAUUUGCCGAAAUGGGCAGGGCUGUAAAUGGGGACUUACUACUGUAAUUUGUAUGUUAUAAUUCAUACAUUCGAAUUCGAUAUGCUCAGGGAAUCAGAAGUUGUGGAAUUUAUCGUAAGUAAAUCAAAGUUUUGUUUCAAGUGCACAUAACAGACAAGGGCAAAUAUCAAAUAUUUUGCUCUUUUCCAAGCAAUAAUGACAAAACCCGCCAGGUGAUGCUGAUGAUGAAUUACAUUGUACAAGUGUAUUUCUCAUAGUCCGUGGUACCAAAAGACAGUUGCCUCAUCCUCCAUGGUUGCAUCUAUUUAUUUCGCCAUCACUUAUAAUUUAUUCAAACCAUGUCAAAUGUUGAAAGGAUAAGUGUGAAGAAAUGUGUCAAUUGAAUGUUAGUUGUUGUCUUUCGCGUUUUUUGUUUAUCCGACAUUUUUGUAACUGUAAUUUACAUAAUGGUGUUGUAAAUUGAAUGUUGCUUUAUGUUGUCUUUCCCGUUUUGACC